CAGAGCACCGGGCCCCAUCUGCGCCGCGCCUCUCUCUCUCCCUCUCUCUCUCUCUCUCUGCCUGUGUGUAUCCGUGCAGCCCGGUUUAACGCUGUCCGCGGCUUCCUGCAGCAGCACCGUCACUUUCACCGCACCGGGUGGGGGGAUGUACUGACUGACAACAAGGACCGGACCGGACCGGGAGCAGAGCAACCCUCUUCAUCCUCUCCAUCACCUCCUCCUCCUCCAUCAUCAUCACCGGCUCCUCUCGCAGCUUCUCGGGGUCUUUUUUUUUUUUUACCCCCGGGUUUUUCAUUCACAGCAUCGCUUGCGCUAAAUUGUGGAUUAUUGUUCCUGCUCGUCCUUACAGAGACAGACAUGGAGGAGUCCAGCUCUCAGAAGUUGGUGUGGGAUGGGGACGCCAAAGCGGUGCAGCAGUGUCUCACGGACAUCUUCACGAGUGUGUACACGACGUGUGACAUCCCGGAGAACGCCAUCUUCGGCCCGUGCGUGCUGAGCCACACGUCGCUGUACGACAGCAUCGCCUUCAUCGCCCUCAAAUCCACCGACAAACGCACCGCUCCCUACAUCUUCAGGGUGGACACGUCGGCGGCUAACAGCACCUCGGAGGGUCUGAUGUGGCUGCGGCUGGUGCAGUCGGCCCGGGACAAAGAGGAGCAGAACCUGGAGGCCUACGUGAAGAACGGCCAGCUCUUCUAUCGCUCGCUGCGGCGCAUCGAGAAGGACGAGGAGCUGCUGGUGUGGUACGGCAAAGACCUGAUCGACCUGCUGCUGCUCAGCGCCAGCCGAGCGCCCGCCAAGAGCAAAGGUUCGUCCCACCACUCGUGUCCUGACUGCAGCCAGCGGUUCCAGUUCGAGUUCCCGUUCUUGGCCCACCUGCGGUUCCGCUGCACCAAGAGACUGCAGAGCAUCACGGGAGGCGACGAGGAGGCGACCAAAGAGAGCAGCCCCGAGCGACCGAACACCACGCCGACCACGAGCAGCCCGAAGCUGGGCCGCUCCGAGGGCUUCGGCGGCCCCCAGGACACCAACAAACCCUCCAUGGACUUUCACAACCUGGCGCGGGAUCUGGAGAACAACAGGACGAGCCCGCCCAGCGACAAGGAGGCGGAGAUCUGCAGCGAGAGCUCAGGGAAGAGGAAGUUCUCCGAGGUGGAGGAGCGGCCAAGCCUUCCCACGUCCAAAUCCAAAGACGAGCUCGCCACGUCGGCGCAGAACUACCGGGGAGCGUACGGGCUGGAGGAGAACCACCGCUCCUUCUCGCCGCCGCGCUCCGCCAAGCCCGGCGAGGGCAAACGCAGCGCCUUCACCGAGGUCAAGAAGACGGCUCAGAACCUCAAACAUCACAGCGGCAACAAGAACCUGCAGGGCUCCAACUCUGAAAACAAAGAUGGCGGCCGCCCGAGCAGUAACCCGUCCGAGAAGCACCUGAACAUCCGGCAGGUGCUGUCAGAGACCCAACCCCCCCAAACCCCGCCCAUGGGCAGCGCCUUCACCUCCGUCAGCCAGCAGGGUGGCGGAGGAGAAAGGAAGAGCGCCUUCAGCCAGCCGUCUCGCUCCUCCUUCUCUCAGAUCUCGCCGCUGGUGAUGCCGCCCAAGCUGCUGGACUGCCACCCGGCGGUAGGUGACACCAUCUCGUCCAGCAGACUGUACCAGGCCGACCACCUCGCCGCCAAGCUGCAGAGCGCGGAGCUGGGCGCCAACUGCCCCGUGCCGGGCGGCAUGGCCAAGCAGAACCCGUUCGUCUACGCCACGGCCUUCUGGCCCAAGAACACGGGGCCGAUCCAGCUCCAGAUGCCGUCGGCGCUCACCCUCCUGCCCCCCUCCUUCACCUCGCUCUGCCUGCCGGCGCAGAACUGGUGCGCCAAGUGCAACGCCUCGUUCCGCAUGACCUCGGACUUGGUUUACCACAUGCGCUCGCACCACAAAAAGGAGUUCGCCAUGGAGCCGCUGGUCAAACGGCGGCGCGAGGAGAAACUCAAGUGCCCCAUUUGUAACGAGUCUUUCCGGGAGCGGCAUCACCUGUCCCGUCACAUGACCUCCCACAACUGACUGCCAGAGACUCCGGGAGGGGAGGGACUAUUUUUUAACGCGGAGGGAUGUGAGCCUGCCUGGAUUUAAGCGGCUGUGAUCGGAGAUAAGACACUUCAAAACAAAAACACUUAAACCCCCUUUGCACUUGUUUUCACUUUGGACUCUUUGUUGGCUGUACAGACGUCGUGAUGAAAACACGUUUUGACUUUAAAAUUAAUCUAUUUAUGACGCACUUCAAAGUUUGAGGAGGAUUUAAAGAUGUGUAAAUGUACAGUAAGUCGUAUUUUAUAUCCUAUAAAGACAAAUAUAGAGAGCAAUCAAAGACGUAGUCGCAGCCUCGUGGUUUCCUGCCGACGUUUCUUUCUUCAUGUGGACGAUGAACGAGGACUCACUUUUUCUGGAUUUUAUGUCAGACUAUAUUUCAGAGUGCAUGUGAUAUGAAAUACUAUGGAUUUAAGAAGCCGUCUAUACGCUGUAAAUAAUGGUUUGAAAUACAAAGUGUCAUAUUUUGUGUCAGUGGGGAAUAGUUUCAGUGUUUCUUUACUACUCGAUAGUUUAUCUAAUCAUGUUGAAUGCAUUGACAAUAAAAUAGAUUUAUUUUCAACUCG